AUGGGCCCCCCGGCCGUGCCUGCCACACCUGUGCCCACAGCUGCAGCACCCGGGGCAUCGGCAUUGCCGGCAGGCCUGCCCACUGCCUUCUUUGACGACAAGGCUGCAGACGCAAAGGCCCGCGGAAUCAAGAUUCCAGACAAGGCCGACAAGGAGGCGGCCUUUGCCGCAUUCGCCUCUGACAUUGCCAGCGCCAUGGUUGUGCAGGCGGCAGAGGAGGAGGAGGACGCUGCAGAAGCGGCGGAGGAGAGGGAGGAGCGGGAAGCACUCGAGCAGAGGCUGCGCCAGGAGCGCAUAGAGAGGCUGAAGCGGAUGCGCAGCACGGCUGCUGCCGGGGCCAGUGCGCCUGAACGCGUGGGCCAGCAGCAUCAGCGGCAACAUGACACGAGGCAGGCUGGGGCUGCUCGGGAGGAGGACGAGGCGGAAGGCGCGGGUGUGCUGGGCCCAGGGCCGCCCCCGGCCGAGAUGGCGGAGGCUGUGGCGGCAGGGCUGCCUCCAGGCCGGCGGUGGCGCGUGAUGGACGCCCUCGCGGAGGUUCUGGGGGCUGAAAGUGGUGGCAGCGACGACGAAGACGAGGAGGGGCAGGAGGAGGGUGUGUUGGACUGGCGGCGCAAGGCGGUGUGA